UUCAACUGUGUUUGUUCGUGCUUUUCUCUGUGUGUGAAACUGUGAAGUAAUGCGAAAUGAAGACUGUAUAAUUUUUUUCCUUGAAGGAAAUGUUUGUGGACAGAAAUCGUUCUUCAAGACCAUUGGAAAUCCAAAAGCAACGGCCGAAAAGUUGGUGGUUCUGGGCUGAAAACGUUCCAAAAUCGACCCGAAUGUUCCGUAAGACACUAAUGGGCAAUAAUUCAAGGCAUUCCCCACAUUUCCACAGGCAAGCCGAGUCUCAUCUCGUAAAUAAUCCUGCAUUCCCGACAGGUUUGAACGACUCUGGAGUCAGAAAUGUGAUCCAGAUCGGAUUUCGCCUUUUCUCUGCCCCACGCCACUUCACACCACAUUCUUCCGUUUCUUCCAUGAAAACCGGCGGCGCCACAGUCCAUAGUGUAAUAAAUUAUAAAUUCGUUUUCGACCAACGCGAUUUUCAAAAUAAGAGCAAUGUAAACAACGACCAGAUUGACUUCAAGGGAGGCUUCCAGUCGAAUCUAGAAAAGGCAACGUCGCGUCUCAGCUUGCAGGAAAAAACUUGCCAAAACUCGCUGCAAGCGCAACAAAAUUGUUGCGCGUUGCCAAAGGGAAGAGCGGCAGGAAUCGCCAGACCAGAGGAUGAGAUGCACCGACAGGCGCAGACAAGUUUUGUCACGAUUUCCUCUCCUAUUUUUCGGAUUUUUCUCCUUUCGCUCAACGAAUCUUCUCCCUCCAACGGCGUCGCCAACCACGCGCAGGGUGUUUUUGGUCUGGAAUUUUCUUCCUUUCGACUCUUGAGCAGAUUUUAAACUUUAGUACUUUAGUAGUGCGUCGCCUGAGCUGAAGCGAGGGACAAUCGUCUCGUCUCCAUUAGUGCAAAAACGCGGGAAGCCAAGCGUCGU